GGCAGGAAAAAGGAAAUAGCUAGGUGAUUGGCUGACACAAUGUGAGCACAUGAUAUAAAAGCAAAGCACAAAACAAAUUAAGGUCAUGUAUAUUGAUCAUCCCAGUGAACUAACAUACAACAAUGAGUGGCUGUCCGUAUAUGGGAAAAAAGUUCAAGUAAGUUAAAAGUUUUCAUGCAAACCAAAGACAGCAAUAAAUGCUUUAAAAUUAGUGUUUGUGGGGUUUCUGACGCCUUCACUUUAAAAUCUACUUAAUAUUAUUUGUUUACAAUUAUCUAAUACCAUUGAUUGAUGAUAUUUUAUUUAUUUUUAAGUUUUACUUUUAAUGAACUGUCUCUGGAUGAGAGUAAAAAUGGAGACCGCUCCCAAGAAGGCCUGAAUAAAGCAAGCAGAGGUGGAUUGAUAUAUGGCGACUAUCUACAAGUAAGUCGUAAGAACACCUUGAUAAAUUUCACCAGGGGUCUCCAAUCCCCCCCCCACCCCCCCCCGCUCCUCCCAAGUUCUUGCUGGACUAUGAUUUUCAAAAUUGUUUGCCAGCCAAGCACACAAUGCAAACAAUGUGAUAAAAAUCUAGAAAGACAGGGGGAUUUAUUCACAAACAUUGCAUUGUGGUGCAUUUAAUAUGGAAUUGCACAAUUCAAAACCAAAAAAGCUGAUCUGAUCUUUUAGCAUUUUAGUUAGAAUCACAUCUUCACAUAUACACAAAGCUGAAAUAGUUUGACGUCUGUUUACAUCUAUUUUCCAAACAGUGAAUUAUACAAAACUGAGUUUGUCAUAAAUUCUUCAACUCAAGUAUAUUUUAACUAAGAUAUUUUGACACAAAUUUUGCAAGUUUCUAAUUUAUUUUACAAUCUCACUAUUUCCACACCAUUCUUUAUUCAAUGCCACUAUUUGCAUAAUGAAUUCAUAACUCCUAUAGUGAAUAGACUUUACCUCCAGAGUUUUAGAUCUGUGCAAGAAACUAAACAGUGAAUUGCAAUAUGAGUAUGCGUAUUACACUUUACGAGCUUGUUUUGGUGCACCUUUAUAAAUCCUCUUAUGGGUGGCUGACAUGUGGAGUGUUUCUCUAAACCAGCAAUUAGAAUGUUAUGCCGUAACAUUUUGCAGUGAGCUGGUGACCUAAAAUUCUAUUUCUUUUAAUGUAGAGGGAAUGGGUGCCCCACAGAGGGAGAUGUUAUAUUUUAUGGAGUUUGGAAUCUAUGAGUAUAUAAUAUAUAUAUUUAGGAGACUUGUCUUAAUAUAAGUCUUUGGAUUGGAAAAUGUUUUACAGUUUAUUGGCUGUUGUUUGCAUUACGUAUUAUAAUAUUCUACAUACAUAUUUAAAUUCAUGCUUUAUAAUGUCCUAUUUUUUAUGCGUAUUUCUAUUAUGGUGAAUGGGAAAUGUUUCUCUCUUUUCCCUUUUUAUUCUUGCCCUAGUUAUUGUCUCUGUUUAAAAUUAUUUUGAAAACUGUUUAAGAAAAAUUAUUUGAAAAGCAUAUUAUGCUGUGCAGCUUUAAGUGCACGGUAUAGAGCUGCAAUUAGUUUAUAGCAGCGAUUGUCCAUUUGUAAGUAUGAUGGCAAAUUUAACUGUAGUAAUCUUUUGUAUCAAUGAGCAAUGGCAACAGACAUAGAAUGUAUUUUUUAACUCCUUAAGGACACAUGACGGAACUAUUCCGUCAUGAUUCACUUUUAUUUCGGAAGUUGUGUCCUAAAGGGGUUAUUAAUAUGGCAGUGUCUGAUUGUAAUUGGACUUACCGUUUCACCCUUCCAAAGUUGACAAAAGAUGAUCCAUUAACCUGUAUCAUAUUGUUUCAAUAUCUAUAUACUGGUUAUGAUUAUUUACUGAAAUGAUUAUUGCCAGGAAUUCAAAUUGAAGUCAAAUUAAAUUUCAAAUUGUAGAUGAAAAUAGCCAAGUGGAAGUAUUCACUUCCUGACAAUUCUCACUAAAGUAAAAUACUCCUGUCAGUGUCCCUUAAAAUAAAUAAAUAAUCCCUAUCAUGUCAACUGUCAGGAUGUGAAAGUGAAAAUAAAAAAUAAGGCAAAAAUAGCAGUACUUGAAAAAUUCUCCAAAUCAGCUUUGCUUCCAGAUCAGCUAUUUUGGUCUAGAUUUUUAUAUUCACUUUGAAUUUGCUGACCAUUCUCACGUUAGUGAAUAGCCCUGUAUGUAACUAUGUUAUUAUUAAACUAAGCACUGGAGAGGCUUUUGCCACUGGGAGAAUUACCUUAUAGCGACACUAUGACUGUUUGUUUUACUGCUGUUACACAUUAUCCUUGUUGCACUAGUUAAUAGAUAGUCAUUUGUUUGUCUGCAGACUUUAAAAUUCAGUUACAGAAGGAAUAGUAAUUUGAUCACAUUGGUAAUUGUUAAAUUGGUACACUAUGUAAAAUAUAUUGCAACAGAUUGUCAAAUCCAUUUUACCUAAUAAUUUUCCAACUAUAGAACUUACAAAAGGCAUGCCCACUAUUAAGUUUUUACCGUAUAUUAACGGAACACUAUAGGGUCAGGAACACAAAUAUGUAUUCCUGACCCUAUAGUGUUAAACCCACCAUUUAGGUGGCUUGCCCCACCCCCCUUAGCCUCCUUAAAAGUUAAUAAAACUCACCUUAUUACUAGCCCUGCCCCCUUGGUGACAUCAUCAGAAUUGCUGAUUUUUAGCCAAUCCAAUGCUAAAAUUGACAAGAGGUCGGGGCCAAACGCCAUUAUGGCCAAUCAGCACCUCCUCAUAGAGAUGCAUUGAAUCAAUGCAUUUCUAUGAGGAAAAUUCAGCGUCUCCAUGCAGAGCGUGGAGACGCUGAACGGCACUGCCGCCCACUGUGGAGCACUGAGCCACGAAGCCACUCCAGUGGCCACUUGGAGGUGUCCCUAUUAGCAAUGUAAACACUGCUUUUUCUCUGAAAAGGCAGUGUUUGCAUGAAAAUGCCUAAAGGCAAUGAUUAUACUUGCCAGAACAACUACAUUAAGCUGUAGUUGUUCUGGUGACUAUAGUGUCCCUUUAAGAGUAACCUGGACAAACGCACAGAAUUUCUGUAUAAACGUAUCGAAAGUAUAAGAAGAAGCAUUUCUUGGAAAGGUUGGAUUGGAUUUGAGUUUUUAUUAGUCACAUACAUGUACUAUAUGCAUUGGUCAGUAAUUGGUGUGUUGGUUAUGUUUUUGUUUUUGUGAAUCUACAUUUUAUUAUAGUUUGAUAUUUUAUUAUAGCUAGAUAAAGUGUUGGAUGCCCAAGAACUGCAGAGUGAAAAAUAUGGGAAUAAAAUCCACGAUGAACAUCUUUUUAUUGUCACUCACCAAGGUAAACUGAGAGUUUAAACUUUUAUUUUUUGUUUUUUUUAAUUUCUCAUUUUUAUGUGUAGCUAUGUAGAUAUGUAUUAAUAUUAGUAUUGCACGAGUGAACUGAAUGAUGUAUUUUCUUCCAUUUAUUUAUUAUAUUAUUUAAGUACAUUCCCUUCUGGUAAUAUGAUAAGAUGAUAAACUCAUAUAUUUUAAGGCAGACUUUUUUUGUUUUGGUUUUUAUCACACAUGUCUCAAUAUUGACAAAUGUAUGUUGGUUGGUUGAUUUGCAGCAUAUGAACUGUGGUUCAAGCAAAUCCUGUGGGAAUUAGAUUCUGUUAGAGAAAUCUUUCAAAAUGAAAAAGUGAGUACAACUAAUUGAAUAGUUAAUUGUAAUGAAUGUAUUACAGAAUUUUUAAAAAAUUUUUUAAUAUUAUUUCUUUUAUUUAUUGGUAAUAUUUUAUUAUUUAUAAGUAUAUACUUAGGAAUUCUGUGAUUCUAAAUACUUUAAAGUUCUUAGUAAUAGUUUAUUUAGAAAGUAGAUGAUAUAUGAUGCCACUGAUUUAAAAUAUAGUUUAAUUACCUAGAUCUGCAUAUUGCAUGGUGUUCUGGUAUUAUGUCAAAACAUGUUAUCUCAUGAUUUAAAGUGAUUUGCUGGAAAUGCAUUUCUGAUUCUUUAAUACAGCUUACAUUUUCUUGAAUACAACUUACAGAAAAUAGAGACUAAUAGAUAUUUUACAGCAUACAUGGUGUUUAAUGCAUUCUGCAAUUUGGCAGUCAAGGAAUAGUGAUAUAAUUUUUUGUAUGAGUGUAAUGUUGUUGAUUUUGUAGGUACGAGAUGAAAGGAAUAUGCUGAAGGUUGUAACCCGAAUUCAUCGUAUUACAAUGAUUCUUAAACUACUGGCGGAACAGUUCUCCGUUCUAGAAACGAUGACUGCUCUUGACUUCUUUGACUUCAGGUAGGUAUCUAUGGGGCUACCAUCCUCUGUAGCUUUGUGACUCAUAUCAUGGGCCUCUUCAUCUCAAAGGAGUUAUUUUUUAAUAGUUGUGUCUUUACUCUUCCACUCACACACUGAUAAUCUGUGAACAAUAUUUAGUGAUAAAAAAACCCCAAACCAAAACAAAAAAAAGAUAUAUUUUCUCAACCUAUUUGCAGGAAGGAAUGAGAGUAACUUGGGCCCUUCUGCAAAUUGAAUAUGUGAUGGCCCUGAGUGUGGAUGGUGUAUUUACAAUAUUAGACUGUGUCAGGUGCUUUACAUUUUCUAUCUCUAUGGAUAUUUGUGUAAUUAUACAAAGUAUAUUUAUCCACAUAGACUGACAGGCUUGGUUCAAAUACAAAUUUCAAAAAUUAUUGCAAAGUUUCUGACACACUGUCUAGGCCACUGGAAUUAAAGGGACACUGUAGUCACUAUACCCAUUUCAUCUCUUUGAAUUGGUUAUAGUGCCUGGAAUUCCCCUGGUACUGUCCCUCCAUUCAGUGUUGCACCAUGUUUGUGCAGUAUGUCCCUGGCCACCCACAGUCCAGCCCCUUCUGUAUGUGUAGCUAAGGCUGUCAUACCCAUUCAUAAUGUCAGUUGGAGCUCUGACAGGCUAAAAGCAGUUGACACUCUCAGCCAAUCACAGCUGCCCCUUGCUGCUCAGCCUAAUACUUCCUUAUUAGCCAAAGUAGCACAGAGGGGAUGGACUGCCGGGGACUCUUGUUAAACAUUAAAACAUUAAAAACUGUUUAAUGCUGAAAGAAAUGAUGGUACCAAGGGACUCCAGACACUAUAACCAGUUUAAUGAGAUGAAGCAUAUACAGUGCCUAUGGUCCCUUUAAGACUGUCUCCCAACUGCCUAAUUGUUGUGGGAAACAAACACUUUUGUUUGACACAGUUGCUCAUUAGUUAUCCAUUCUAAAAUAAAAACCAAAAAAAACUAUUUAUUAUCAGCUGACACCAUGUUGUGUAGGCUGCAGAGAAGAGAAAGAAAGAUCAAGCAGACAAGAAACUUUGUAACAAAAAGAUAAAGCUGAGAAGGAGCUUAGUAACCAGUUUAAAGCUUCUCCUUAUUUAUCUCGGUAACCAUGGAAAUGAAGUUGCCAAGUUCAUACUGACUCCACCUCACAUGGAUGAUGACAUUCCAUGAAGUAAGCCAAAUAACACCUAUGAAGAGCUGAAUUUUUAAACUUGUAAACAUGAUCUGUCUAUUGAAAUAAAUAAUAGAUACUGUUGCGAGUGCAACAUUCCCCAUUCUAGCAUAUCACCAACCACUUGUAAUUACCAGUCACCCUUACAUCAUACAGCAUGGUCCAAUCAUGCAAAUUGGAGCUUGCUAUCUGAGAAAUGGGUGCCAUUUUGGAACUGUGUUAUGUGGGUGACCAGUGAGUGUCCCAUUUAAUAUAGAUGCCAUAUGGCUGCUGUGUGGUAUAUUACUUACUAGUAGUUCUAUUUCUGUGAUACUGGUGUUCUGUAAAUGACUGGUUAGUGGUGUGGAAUAUUGGAGUUAUGUGGGUGACUGGUUGGCGCUGUUGGCACAGCAGAGUGGUGUUCUGUGUGUAAUACUGGUGUCAUUUUAAAUUCUAAUUUUAAAUAUUUAAUCAGCUGGAGACAACAACCACACCUUGAUGCUCUUAUAUAAAACAAUCAGAGGAUAAUGAAAUAGGUGACUUUCUUUUAAAGUCUACGUUCCUUGGACUGUGUCUAAAUGCCUUACUGAGGAUCAUUAGUUGGGAGUUUUACUUUUAUCUAUGUGAGUACUAUUAGAUUGUCAGCACAAGAUAUACUUCUAAAAAGUAGUCCACAUUCAACACGUGUGUGUGUGUGUGUGUGUGUGUGUAUAUAUAUAUAUAUAUAUAUAUAUAUAUAUAUAUAUAAAACAUAAUUUAAAUAUGAAUAUAUAUUGUAAUGAGGUGCCUUUAAAUACAUUGUGGUUUUUUCUUUUGAAAGGGACUAUCUGUCUCCUGCCUCUGGGUUUCAAAGUUUGCAGUUCCGGCUGUUAGAAAAUAAGAUUGGUGUUCCAGAAAUUUUGAGAGUUCCAUAUAACAGGAGACAUUACCGUGACAACUUCAAAGGAAAAGAGAAUGAGUUACUCCUGAAAUCAGAGGAAGAGCCAACACUUCUUGGACUAGUGGAGGUAAUUGACCUAAUGAACAGCAAACUCCGCUUAUUUUCAUACACUAUAAAUAGUAAUCGAAAAAUAACCAACACUUUCACUGUCCAUCCACCCCCCUGAAUAGCAUUUAUAGUCUGAACUAGAAUUCCUGUAUUAAAAAAAAGAAAAGACUAAAAUAGUUAAAUUUUCUUACAGUACUAUGGAAAUGCCUAGUUAUGGUUAAAUUGUGGCUUUGUUUCUCAGACAGAGAUAUAUAUAUAUAUAUUAAGUUAACCCCCUCAUAGAUGUGCAUAGCACAUUUUAUUAGGGCGUGCAUUGGGGAUUUUUUUUUGUAUUUAUUGUAAGUCUGCUGAAGACUUCCGUCCAUCUUCUGUCCAUACUCCCACCUCUGAUGCUCGCCUUCAAGAUUUCUCGAGGGCUUCACCGUUCCUGUGGAACUCGCUUCCCUCCGCCGUUAGAUGCUCAACCAGUCUCCACUCCUUCAAAAAAAUCGUUAAAAACCCACUUCUUCAUAAAAGCGUAUCCAUUAAACUGUUAAUAGCUCCUGACUGAUUCCUCUUCUGCAACUGUCACUAGUUUAAUACUAUCCUUACCUUUUUGUGUCAUUUUACCCCACUCCCUCUAGCAUGUAAGCUCAUUGAGCAGGGCCCUCAACCCCUCUGUUCCUGUGUGUCCAACUUGUCUGGUUACAACUGCAUGUCUGUUCGUCCACCCAUUGUAAAGCGCUGCGGAAUUUGAUGGCGCUUAAUAAAUAACAUAAUAAUAAUAAUAAAGUUCAACCAUCAUAACAAUAAUUUUUAUUCACCAAGGCAGCUAAUACUUAGCUAAAUUGUUUUUUUCAUUAUAUAUUUUAAACUGAACACUUAUUAUAACCUUCGCAAGUGCUUCCAUUUGCAACUGUGCAGCUCGCACAUUGCACCUACUUUCAGCAACCUGUUUCCUAUUGCAUGCAAAUCUCACAGGGUUAUUCACUGAGAAAUCCUGGGAAAUAAAGUGUGUUCAGAACGAAUUUAAACAUUGAAUCAGAAAAAUAUGCUCCAAAUCAAUUCUAUUUUCAGUUUGACUAGUUUGGCCUUAAAUUUAAAGCUCUUUUUAAAUUCACUUUAAAUUCCCAUCAAUGUGAUUACUUUCAGAAUAUAUGAAUGUUUUGGCACGACCCGAGUAACGUAAUACAAUCUCAAAUUACCCACAGUGCAUUGUGUUAAUAAAAAAAUAUAUUGAUGCCCCACAACAUGAUGUCUUUAUUUCAUUUAAGGCAUGGCUAGAGAGAACCCCUGGAUUGGAGGAAGAAGGCUUUAAUUUCUGGGGAAAGCUGCAAGUAAAUAUAUAUCAAGGCUUAGAGGAAUCUCUCCGGUCCACAAAGGUAUGGUUUUCAUAUGGUAGAUAAUGGUAAAUAAAAUAAAUAAUUAGGACAAAAAACAGUAUUUUCAUAAAACACUGGUUUACGUUAGAGUAACCAUUGUGUGCUAGUCCACCUCCUCCAAAUGAAUAAGAAAAAAAUAGAGCCAAAAAUCACCUCUGGUUAGCGCUGUGGCUACCAUAAGUUUCCUUGAAGUCUGAUCCUCUAAGGCUGACUUCUCAGUAGAUUGAAGGGAGGACAUAGACGACAUGGAGUGGGUGGUUGUCGCCAUUGGCCGUCUGGCGCCAGCAAGCUGUGCAUGCAGGAGUCAGAUGCCAAAUUUGAAUAGAAUUUAUAUUAGCUACAUGGAAAUCUAGUUGCAGGCUGGAUAAUGACGCCCCAGUGAUGUGGCCAGAGUUACAUAGUGAAACUGUGCACAUAGAGACGCCAGUACAUACUCCAUGAAUACACUGCUUAGUGUAACCCCUUAAUUAUAUGAACCUUUACAAAAAAGUAAUGUAUUAAAAUACAGUGCUUUAAAAAUAUUAGAAGGUUGCUUUUGAAACCUUACCAACACUUAUUUACAAUUGGAAGAACUGUUAGAAAAACGUUCCAAAUUAUUUGUCAACAAAAAUUAUCGUAUUUUUAUGGAGAUUUCAGUAGUUAAAUAAAAUUGGAUACAUCUUCUAGCAGUAUUGAAUCAUUUGAAAAGCCUGUUAAAUCGAGGCCAUAGUAUGAAACAUUUAUUUAGAUUUUUUUUUUUAAACUUGUUUGUGUUACCAAGAUUUUCACUGCAGUUCCUAAACGUGCACUAUAAAGACAAUUUGAGCAGUACACAGGUACACUGUAAAUCUUGUACUGAAAAGGCCUAAUCGCUUCUUCCUAGCUCCUCAAAUAUCUGCACUUGUACCUGUAGAUCAUUUAGAGUUAAAAAUAAUGUUUAAUGUUUUGUCUUACAUUUCCAAGUAUGCAUUUUUAUGUAUAGUUUAAUUGGCAAUUAUUGCAAUUCAGUUUGAUGAAUAGACACGCCGACUGUAAUUAACAAGGUUGUUCACUAAACUAUGAAUUGUUGGGAAUUUCAAAGAGAAUUUUAAAUUUUAGGUAAAGAUAGGUGAACGGAAACCAUAGCUGAUUUGUAAAAUGGUUUAAAUUUCGGCUUUCUUUCUGAAUUGCUAUCCCUUUAUUUUAGUGAAUAAUUAUUCCUUAAAUAGUCACCUCCUAUAAAACUUUCCCUGAGGCACACACUAGUGAAAGGUACUGAUAUUUAAAUAGAAUUACUAUUUAAAUAAAAUAUUUCUUUCUAUGAUUUUGAUAGAGUAAGCCAGAUUCAGAAGACAAGGAAGAACAAUUGGCAGAGCUUCAGAAACAAAAGGAAAUGUUUAUUGCAUUAUUUGAUGAGAAAAGACACGAACAUCUUCUGAGUAAAGGUAAUAAAUCAUUAACUCAUCUCAAUAACAACCAUUUACCUGAUAUUACCUAGGUGCUAAUUAUUAUAUGGUUUUCUGUAGCAUAUAGUGGGAGCAAUUUCAACGCAAUAAAUUAUACUUCUUGCUGUACAUGCCAAUUUUAUUUAUAUGCAUUUUUAGCAUCGUUAUUAACCUUCCAAUCAACAGAACUGUAAGGAAAAUGAAACACAAUAUUUACAAAAUAUAUUUGUUUCAUUAAUUACAUUCAUUAAAUAAUCAUGGUAUACCCUAAUUCUCACUACCUCUUCUUGUAAGAUGAGAUGAGUCCAUUGUGUGCUUAAAAUAUACCAAAAUUACAGACGCAUAAUACAAAUGUGUCUGUAAUAUUAUAAUCAUUCCUUAUUAUGAAGAGGGAGACUGCUGUUACAAUAACCACUGCAAUACGCUGAAGUGGUUAUAGUGCAUGAAUAUACGUAAACAGUCUUCACUUGUAAUGUAUUUAAAAUAAAAACCUGUGUGUGUAUAAUUUCAUAAGGCAUACCUUUCGGUUCUAAUAGAGACACAUACUGUUACAUUUGACCAAGUACUCCUCUUCAGCAAUAUUACACAAGUCCUGAAGGACUACAUGUCCCCCAAGUGACCUACAUAGGUGUCAAACCAUUCAAAAGUGGUUUGUAAAGUCCUGUUGUAAAGAACCUGUUACCAUUGGACUGAAAAAAAAUCACUGAAAAAGGUAUUUCUGUAAAAUGUAUUAGAUGUUUUAGUGAAUAUAGUUAAUUGGAGCCAAGUUAAAUGAAAGCAUAAUUUGUGUGCAGUACAUACAAUUCUAAUUGUAAUAUUUUCCUAAUGUCUCCUAUGUAUCCAUAAUGUUUUUUUCCCCAACAUAAAUGAUAUAUAUAUAUAUAAAACACUUGUAUAAGCAUUUAGUAGAGAAAUCAUAUUUUUUUUGCAUAUAACGUGAAAAGGAGAAUAUGUAUAAACUGAUUAAACAAACCUCCUAAAUAUGUUUUGCAGGGGACAGAAGAUUGUCAUACAAAGCACUCCAAGGGGCUCUGUUGAUCUACUUUUACAGGUAUGUUGAUUGAAUCACUACAUUCACUUAGCUGAUUAUUGGUCUGUGUUUAAAAUUUACUGUGCAUACCUUCAUAUGCAAACAAUGUCAUCUACAUGAUGGUAAAGAGAAGGUGAGCUGUCUUCCACCCCUUGGCUACCACAUGCAAUGCCAAGAUUACAUGCAUGUGAAUAUUUGAAUUUUUAUUGACAAUACAACACAAAAUCUGAUGUUUGUGAGUGUCUGGCUCUGCUGCCUAGCAGCCUAGGCUUUGUAAGACCCUUCCAACCAACUAUUGUUGCCACAGUGUGACUCACAAUUGCUUGUCUCCAGUCUUCUAACAGAUUUGUUCACAAAAUUGGGAAGUUUGGAUAAUUGCCAAGGGAAUUACAGCAUAUAGGAUAGUUCAGACAAAUUGUAAAACAAUCACAAUCAAAACUUACUUUUUCAACUUGGCUAUUUUGGCUAACAAUACCGAGUUCUCUUGCCAACCUCAUCAGUUCCUCAGAAAAAGCAAACUGAAUGUUGCAUAUUUAGAGCCUACUACAUUGUGUGACCACUUGUAACUAUAGUUUUGGUGUUCUGGUUAUCCACAUAGGGUAAAGGCUGUUUUAAAAGAAGGACCCACGCUGGGACAUAGAAAUUAAAGGGGAACUGUUACUUGUCAGUAUAUUACAGCUCAUGAAAGUAUAACACCUGUGAUUCAAAAACCUAUAUCUCAAUUCAAAUUCAGUUCAAGUAACCGGUGUGUGAAUUGUGGACUGAGCACUGAAUCUCUGAACUUUAUUUCUGUCUGUCACCAUGUCAAAAUGAUUGCAAAAAAUUAUAAUUAUGUGGACUUUGAACUGAAUAGGAAAACCUUCUCCAUAAAUCUUACACAAUCUAUUUUCCUUUAUUUGGAAGGGAGGAACCCCGAUUCCAGGUUCCAUUUCAGCUCCUUACUUCUUUGAUGGAUAUUGACAUAUUAAUGACCAAGUGGAGAUGUAAGUUACUGUCUAAAAAAGUACACUAAAAAGUGUUUGAUUUUCUCUACCUAAAUUCUACUACUAUUUAUUGCUAAAAAAUCAAUUUCUGUACAGACCACCAACAUUUAGAAAGGUGAAAAAACAAGACCUGAAACAGAACACUUGUUUCUGAUGGGAAAAAGUGACUUAAAGAUCGAUAAAUACAUUGUGUCACCAAAAAGGUGUACAUUCAAAAAUUAUGGUUAGUGUGCAGAAGUAGCCACAGGCACGAAAAUGACAGAUUUCAAUACAUUAUACAAAAAAAUGCAAAAAAACAAAAUAAAUAACUGUCUCCGACAUUUUGUGAAACCUCCCCCAUUGUGCACACCAAGAAGAGUGAACUACGAAGGAUCUAUAUUGUCUUGCAAAACUAUUAUUUAGACUCUUUUUAGACGCUUUUUUAGAUGAGUUGAAUCCUUUCCAUCGGCUGAUGCCAUAUUGUCAGUUUAUCCCUUUAUAAUAACAUAUGUUACAAGUUGUAACUUUUAAACUAAAUUAUAUAAGAGAACUACAUGUUCAUAAAGCGUGGCCAGUCAUAUGAUGACCUGCACAUUGAAUUUAUUAUUGGUGAAUACUGUAUAUUGUGGCAUUUUGCUAAAUAUUUUAUAUUAAAUACUAAUCAAAUGAGAACAAUGUGAUUAAGAAACGCUGCACCACCACCAUCUCCCCUGAACUCCCCCCUGUAAUGGAUAUGUAUAUAAAAAAGUAUUUUUAAAAGACAUACACAAAAUUCUAUAGUUCUUAAUAACCCUGCACAUGUAUGUUAAACCCACCAUGAUGCCCAGUGCAGUGGUUGCAAUGCAAUAAUACUAAUUUGCCUCUCAUAUAAGCAAACAAUACAUUAUUCCUGUUGCUACAGAGAGAAUAGGAUCACUCAUUAGAUAAGCACACUGACUUUGUUGUCAGUAAUGUGUAGUUUCAAUUAUGGAUCAGGAGCACUCUGUGCUGAUGAAAAAAUUUGUAUGUGUGCAAUUAAUUUUACUAAAUGGGAAAAGGUAAGGUUAGGAUAUUAUCAAUAAAAGAACAAAAUAUAUGUAACAUAAUAUGAAGAUAUUAAUAUAUAUAUAUCUUAAUAGGGCUAUAUUAGACAUGUUAUGUUUAAUGUUAUUUUUUUAUGAAUGAGAAAUUCUGAUUUGUCUACAAUAUCUUAUAUCCCUAGAUAAUCAUGUAUGUAUGGUGCACAGAAUGAUAGGUAGUAAAGCAGGCACGGGAGGAUCAUCUGGCUACCACUACUUACGUUCCACUGUGAGGUAGGUUAUAGCAAUGUACUGAUAAUUACUGGUUGUAUAUACACAUCAAUCAUUUUUAGAUAAAUGUUAGCAGUGCUGUAUUUAGCGCAAGGCUGACAAGGCAUUUGCCUUGGGCGGCACUUUCAGGGGGGCGGCCAAAAAAACAGCCCCAAAUGCCCUAGCAGAUGCCUUGUCAGCCUCUUCUCCUGGAAGCCCAGUGUCAGGACCUCAGAGAGACCCAACACGCAGGAUGUAAUAGAAAAAAUGUAUACCGGACCUUAGAGUGGCCAGAUUCUACAUUAGACAGAUAGAGAAUAAUCAAAAAGAAGCCAAGGUUGAGGGAGCCAGAAAUCACGAAAACGAGGUAAACAAGCCGAGUCAGGAAACCAGAUAUUAGGAUAGUUGAAGUAUAUGAGCUGAGUCAAUAUUAGGAGAAUGGAGAGUAGUCACUUAGCCGAAGUCAAAAUACCAAAUAGAAAAACCAGAUAUAAACCACUAUUGGGAACUAACAAAAGAACCACAAUAAGGCAAAGUCCUAUGUGUGAACCAGCCUUUUAUAGGAUUGCUCUUUAAAUUUGAAGCCACGCCCCCAAAACGGUCGAGUCCGGAUGUUUUGGCCGGCCGCGACAUUAUCGGCGUCAUGAUGGUGGCACACAUGUGACGUGAUGACGUCAUUAGUGUCACAAAAUUGGUGUGCGUGUGCCGCAACAUAAAAGAGGGCAGAGCUACAGCGUCCAGUGUUGGAACCGCUGGAGUGGAGACUGGAAGCAGGAAUACGGCCAGAAAUGCGAGUGAGCAUGACACCCAGGAGCUGGCUGGCCACCUUAGGGCCCCCGAGGCUGGCAUCUCAUUGUGAUGGAGGUGGGCGGCGAGGAAGCACUCUCCCCUGAACCCCCCCUGUUCAACUCCCUCGCAUCGGAGUGAUGCCGGAGCCGGAAUAUGACAUCACUCUUGCCCCGGCAUCACAGAUCAGAGCUCCCAGCCACUCAGCACAGCAGCCCCACUGGACCCCAGGGACCGCACGCUCAGCCGCUCAGCCCAGAAGCUCCAGGGAAAUAGACUCCAUGCCAGCUCUCCCAAAGGUAGAGAGGCUGGGUGGAGUGAAAUUUUUUUUUCUUCUAAUUUAUAUGUUUGUCUGUUAGUGAGUUUGUAUGUGUGUUUGUCAGUAAGUGAGUAUGUGUGUUUGUCUGUGAGUGUGUAUGUCUGUUUGUCAUUAGUCUGUGAGAGUGUGUGUGUGUCUGUCAGUGAGUGUGUAUGUGUGUCUGUCAGUGAAUUUGCGUAUGUGUGUCUGUCAGUGAAUGUGCAUUUGUGUGUUUGUCUGUCACUAAGAGUGUGUAUAUGUGUCUGCCAGUGAAUGUGUAUGUCUGCCAGUGAAUGUGUCUGUCAUUGAGUGUGUCUGUCAGUGCAUGUGUGUCUGUCAUUGAGUGUGUCUGUCAGUGCAUGUGUGUCUGUCAGUGAGUGUGUAUUAGUGAUUAUAUGUGUAUCCCAGUGUGUGUAUCUGAUUCUUAUUUGGUUUGUUUCUGACACUGAGUGAGUGUGCGUGUGUCAGUGAAUGUGCAUGUGUGUCUGUGAGUGUGUGUAUGUGUGUCUGUUGGUGAAUGUGUGUGAUAGGAAGUGAAUGAGAGUGUGUGUCUGUCAGUGAGUGUGUGUAACUGUGAAUGAAUGAGUGUUUAUGUCUGUCAGUGAGUGUGUAUGUAAAUCAGUGAAAGUGUGUGUUGGUUAAACAGUGUUUGUGCCAAUGACUUUGCAUUUGUCAGUGUAUGUUUCGGUGAGGGUGUGUGUCAGGCAAACAGUGUGUUGGUUCUCAAUAUGAAGAUACAUUUAGAUAGGGGUGGGGGGAUGUCUGAGUUUUUUCAUGCCUAGGGCAGCACAGAACCAAAAUACACCACUGAAAGCUAGAUGUUAUAAAAUAGCAAAUGGGGUAGUCAGGUAGCUGUUGGUUUCUAACAUGGAGGUAGAUGAUGCUGUAAUAAACUGAAACAAAGAAAUAGCAACAGAUGCUUCACUCUUUGAGGUAUGUAGAAACACAUAUGGUACAAUAAAAAAUAAAAUAGAAACACAUAAUCUAAUAAAUGUAAAUAAAAACACAUUUAUCAUGCUAUGUGCACAAUGAUGUCUUUAUGUAAGUAUGUGCAAUGUCCUAAGUCCUGCUAGACCCCAACUUUUAUAUUUAAUGCAUGAAAAAUUAUGAAAAACCCCCAUUUAUACAGUUCCAAAAUACCAUCUGCUGUCUCCCAGUUGUAAAUCCAUUUCCUCGUAAUCAGUUAGUGUGUGUUAAAGGGACACUAGAGGCACCGAAGCAACUUUAGCUUAAUGGAGCAGUUUCUGGUGUAUAGUUCAUGCUACUGCAGUCUUACUGCUUAAUUCUCUGUCAUUUGGAGUUAAAUCACUUUACUUUUCCUUUUUCAAGUUGGUGGUGUGCCAUAUUGGAAACAUGAAAAUGAAUGCCUAUAUGGCACUACUGACGUCAAAAUAUAUGGACAAUACCAUAUAUAAUAAGGAAUUAUGUGUCCUAAGGGUUUUUUAAAAAAGUUGGCCAUUUUGAGGCUAAAUUCAAAUUACAAGUGUUAUUCAGAAAUUAGCCACAAGAUGCUGCCAAAGGAUUAUGUUUGAAAUUAUAAUUGACAUUAAAAUACUUGACAAAUAGAAUUUCACUAGAAAAAAAUAUGAUGUAUAUAAAUUAUAAGAUGUAUAUCCAUAAAUAUAUAUAUAUUUCCUAAUAGUCAGAUAGGAGUGUAAGUGAAAUAAUAAUUGAGGGGACUGAAGUGCAUGCAAUGCCUGGAACCACUAUGUAUAGCGGUAUUGCAGGAUGAUGUGUUAAAAUAGCUUAAGGUCAUGCAUAAAACCUUAAAGUGACUGUGCUUAAAAAAAGAGUGAAGAUAAAACAAAUAAACAUAAAAUGCUGGCAAACGUGUGCUGCAAAUCCGAAUAAACUAUAUACAAAAUACAUAUCAAUGUUUGCAACACACGUUUUCCCAGCACUUUAUGUUUAUUUGUUUUAUCUUCACUCUUUUUUAUAUUUGGAUAUUGAGUGAUCGGCUUACAGCACCCGGCAAUAUAACGUGGAGCCAGAGUGCAAGGAAUUUCAAGGAUUAUUAUAUAUAUAUAUAUACUAAUAUAAAAUAAAAUAUAAAAUGGCCUUGCAUGGUGAUGUUUAGUUAGGAAAUAUGUGGCUGGGAUGCUGCUCUAACUCUAAAGUAAGGCAGGCACCUCUUCAAACACUGGAUGCCUGUCUUAUAUUAGAGUACAGGGUGGAGAUGGGGGGUGUCUGUGCGGUGCCUGUUUGACUAACAUGGGGGAGCCAUAUGGCAAGCAGACAGACGCCGCUGUCUGUGCGGUGCCUGCCUAUAUUGUGAUGGGAAGCUGGGGAAUAAAGUGGCAGGCACCACUGUCCAUGUGGUGCCUGCCUGAAUAUCAGGGUAUGGAGCUGACAAUCACACAAUCUGGUGUGGAUUUCAGUAAAGAUGACAGGCACGGUUGUCACAUUAAAUGCCUGCCGCUGAUCUGCUCACUGUGCGCUCCCUGGCCAGGUCCCGCGUGUCUCUCUGAGCUUAUUAUGGCAGGCACCACUUCAUAGCCCACCUUUGAAAGCGCGCUGUCUUGGCGUCAUACUUGACUUUUGGCCUCACCUUUAAACCUCACAUCCAGUUUGUUGCCAAAUCCUGUAGAUUCUAUCUCUUUACAGAUCCAUAGGAAUAUUCUUUUCGGUCUCUCCGCUCUGCCUGUGACCUUCUCCUGUCCGUUACUUGCACCUGUAUGGCCAACUCAUGCUUCUCCGGGCGGCUCUCUUCCUAUGGAAUAGCCUGCAUACCGCCAUCAGACUUUCCCCUAUUAUUAUUAUUAUUGCCAUUUAUAUAGCGCCAACAGAUUCCGUAGCGCUUUACAAUAUUAUUAGAGGGGGGGAUUUAAAUAUAAAUAGGACAAUUACAAGAAAACUUACAGAAAUGAUAGGUUGAAGAGGGCCCUGCUCAAACGAGCUUACAGUCUAUAGGAGGUGGGGGGUAAAGCACAUUAGGACAGGAAAUUGCAGUCAAAUUAGGUGGGAGUGAAGCAGAGCUGGAGGAGAGAGUAGAGUGCUGCCCUUUAGGAGAGAGCAAGAGACAGGUAUGUGAGGUAAAGGUUAGUCUGGGAGGCCAUAGGCCCUUCUUAAAUGAUUGAAGACUAGAGUCUGAUGGCAGUAGGUAGGCAAUUCCAUUGGAAGGGAGCCGCCCGCGUGAAGUCCUGCAAGCGCGAGUUGGCCGUACGGGUGCGAGCAGCGGACAGAAGGUGGUCACGGGCAAAGUGGAGAGACGGAGAAGGGGCAUACCUAUGGAUCUGUGAGGAGAUAUAAGAGGGGCUAAGAUUAUUCAGUGCUUUAAAGGUAUGGAUUAGCACUUUGAAUUGACUCCUAUACAGGAAGCCAAUGUAAGUACUGACAGAGGGGUGAGUAGUCUUCAAUUGUUUAAGAAGUGCCUUAAAACCCAUCUCUUUAGGAAAACUUAUGGCCUCCCAGAGUAACCUCUACCUUGCAUACCUGUCUCUUCUAAAGGGCAGCACUCUACUCUCUGCUUCACUCCCACCUUAUUUGAUUGGUAUUUACUGUCCUAAUGUGUUUUAUACUCACCUCUUAUAGACUGUAAGUUCGUUUGAGCAGGGUGCUCUUCAACCUAUUGUUCCUGUAAGUUUUCUUGUAAUUGUCCUAUAUAUAGUUAAAUCCAUCCUCUCAUAAUAUUGUAAAGCGCUACGGAAUCUUUCGGCGCUAUAUAAAUGGCGAUAAUAAUAAUAAUAAUAAAUCAGGUGCCUGCCUAAGAUGUAGAAUCCGGCAGCACGGGAUGGAGAUGGCCUGGGAAAUCACAGGGAGGCAGAUCAGUGGCAGGCAUGGCUGUAAAAUAAGAUGCCUGCCGUCAAUCUGCCUCUCUGUGCAUUCCCUGGCCUGGAUGACUGAUAUUCACACAGGAGUAAGCAUGUGCUGUGGUUGCGAUGCUUGGAGGAGCAGAAGGACUGUUUGUGGGAGGUCUUUUCUUUUUAAAUAGGUUUUUCUCCCAAUCUAUAUGUUAAAAUAAGAGGAAAUAUCAUCCCCUUUAAAACAGCAUAAAUAGUUUGGUGCAUGACAGGUCCCUCUUACAAAGACACUGUAGCCACUAUAACCAGUCAAUCUAAUUGAAAUGAUUCUAGUGCCUGGAGUCCUUUGAUACUGCCCCUUCAAUAAUUGUUAAACCAUUUUGAGCAGUUUAAAACUAAAUAAGGAUCUCUGGUCACCCACAGCCUGGCCUCUAGUAGGGGUAUGGUUAAGGUAGAGAUUACAACACUUCCUGCAAGUCACAAUAGUUCAUAUCAACAUUUGGCAUUGUAAUCGGCUGGAAGCGGUCUGCUGAUACUCUCAACCAACCACAGCCAUCCAUUUCUGUUUAGGCUAAUACAGUACUAAUACUGUUCAACCAUAAUUCACCGCUGUCACGUUAAGUGCACCCACACUUAUUAUAUAUAAUUUUCUUCAGGAGAAACAGGGCUUUAAUUUAACAUUAACUAUUCAUAUAUGGAACAUAAUUUAUUAUGAAUAAAAUUUAAAAAAAUGUGAGAAAAUAAGAUUUGUUUUUAAAUUUGUAUUUCCGUCUGACAUUUUAGCUGUGAAUGUUAUAAUACUGUUAGGUUUUACUGCAAAAAAAUGCACAUAUUUGUAAUCAGCGAUGUCUCACGAGUACAACAGUACCCCCAUUAACAGGUUUUAUGGUGUUUUGGAAAGUUGCAGGGUCAAAUAUAGAACGUUCCAUUUUCAAAUUGAAAUUUGCCAGAUUAGUAAUGUUACCUUUGAGACGGUGUGGUAGCCCAGGAAUGAGAAUUAUCCCCAUAAUGGCAAACCAUUUGAAAAAGUAGACAACCCAAGGUAUUGAUAGUGGGGUAUGUUUAGUCUUUUUUAGUAGCCACUUAGUCACAAACACUGGCCAAAGUUAGAGUUCAUAUUUGUUUUUGUGUGAAAAAAGCAAAAAACUAAUAUUUGGCCAGUGUUUGUGACUAAGUGGCUACUAAGAGACUGGACAUAUCCCACUUGCAAUACCUUGGGUUAUCUACUUUUGCAAAUGGUAUGCCAUCAUGGGGGUAAUUCUCAUUCCUGGGCUACCAUACACCCUCAAAGGCAACAUAACCAAUCUGGCAAAUUUAAAUUUAAAAAAAAUGAAAUGCAAGCCUUAUAUGUGACUCUCUAACUUUCCAAAACACCAUAAAACCUGUACAUGGGGGGGGGGGUUACUGUUAUUCUCGGGAGACUUCACUAAACACAAAUAAUAAUUUUAAAACAGUAAAACAUAUUACAACAAUAAUAUAGUGCAUAAAAAUGCAAAAAACUUCACUUUUACUUAAAAUAUCAUCGUUGUAAUAAAUUUACCAGUUUAAAACACUAAUAUUUGAGUUCAGCGAAGUCUCCCGAGUAAAACAAUACUCCCUGUGUACAGAUUUUAUGGUGUCUUGGAGAGUUAGAGGUCAAAUAUAGUGCUUGCGAAUUAAAUUCUCUGCACUUUCUCCCUGUGUUGUCAGGCAUGUCAAUCAAAUUUUAAUUAAUCAAAUCACAUAAUUAUGUUAAAAGAUUACUUAAAUAUACAUGUAGAAUUUUAAUGUAUAUGCAUAUAUAGGUAUUUAUAUUCUACGUGUAUACUAAUGGAAUCUUUUAUGUAAUUAUAUGUAUUUAUCUAUAUAUAUAUAUAUAUAUAUAUAUAUAUUUGCGGCUAUUUGUAUUUUUAUAUAUAGAUAGAUAUAUAUAGAAUGUCAUUCUAAGUGUAUUUUGUUACCAAUAUACAUAUAUAUAUAUAUUAAUAACAAAAUACAGUUAGAAUGAAAUUACAUAUGAAUAUAAUUUAUAUAAAAUUUUGUUUCAAUAUUUUAUUUAUUUUAUUGUAUUUAUUUAUUAUUGUAAUUAUACGUAUAUAUAUAAUAUAUGUGUAUAUAUCUAUUAUAUAUUCAUAUUAUAUAUAUGUAAUGUCAUUCUAAGUGUAUUUUAAUACUAAUAUGUAUUUAUAUUAGUAUUAAAAUACACUUUGUAUGACGUUACAUAUUAUAUAUUUAUAAAUACAUUUCUAUUUUAUUUUAUAACAUGUUUAACUUUCCCACCAGCAGGGGAACUGUCUGACAUUUCAGACAGUCCCCCUGCUGGGAGAUCCACAGCCAACUAUAGGGGGCUAUGUGAUCGUUCUUUGAGAGCGAUCACAUGGCGCCCGGGGGCCUCAUUUGCUGAUUGAGGGCUGCCUGGGCUGUCAGGCAGCCCUCCAGAAGAGGAUCGCAGCGGAGGUAAGUCACCGGACCUCCAGGGGCUGAAAGCCGUUAUGGUGUUCUAUGCCGCCGCAACGGCUUUAAAGCCCUUUUAAUGCGGGACGGCAUAGAACACCGUAAUGGCGUUAGGGGUUAAGAACUGUUUAACGUUGAAUGAAAGCAUGGUCCCAUGGGGACUCAACUAUAACUACUUCAGUGAGACAAAGCAGUUAAGGUACCUACAGUAUCCCUUUAAGUUAUCAUGAGAGGUACUAUAGGCAUGCAGAUCUUAGAAGUUGCUGCCCUGUACAGCUUCAAAAUAAAUAUUUCAAGCAACAUUCCAACAAUUUCAUGUUUCUUUUUUUUUACAGUGACAGAUACAAGGUGUUUGUGGAUCUUUUCAACCUUUCAACAUUCCUAGUUCCAAGACACUGGAUACCUCGAUUAAACCCAAGCAUCCAUAAAUUUCUUUAUACAGCUGAUCGCUGUGACAGCUCUUACUUUAGCAGUGAUGAUUCUGAUUAAAAAAGGUUUAUUUGCACAGUAAGAAUUUUCACUAAUAAUAUACUAUCACAAAUCGUAAAGUAAAUGGGCAUACUAACAACUAAGCACUAAUUAUGAGUCUCAGGACUAAAGACUAAUUUAAACAAGGACUUAUUCAAACAAACUACUUUAUGCGUUUUCCUAAACCUCAUGCAUCUAUUUUGACUACUAUGAAUCAAUAUUUCAUAUACCUCAUUAUUGAGGUAUAUGCAGGACAAGAAACUAUAUACAUAUAUAAUGUACAUUUUAUAUACAAAUAAAUAUAUAUAUAUAUACUAUCUUCAA